AUGAAGGUUGUCGCUGACAUCACCUGCUUCCAGAACAGAGCCAGACUUCGUGGAGCGAGGUUCAUCCGUGACAUGGCGUGUCUCCAGGUGUGGGGGUUCUUCAGCCUCAUCGUCCUCUCCGCCGCCCAGAGCACCACACUCAGCCCUGGCCCUCGGCCCUCCUACCUGCUGCUGACCCCCAGAUUCCUCCGUCCUGAAGUCCCUCCAUCAGUGUCGGUCUCCAUCCUCACCACCUCACCGGUCGUUGUCUCUGCUCACGUUGUUCAUGGAAACCAGACCGUGGCCUCGGAGUCGGUGACAGUCGAAGGAGGUUCAACUAAGCUGCUGACUCUGCCACCUAUCCCCGACAGCGAGUCCAGCUACUGGCACCCCUACAGCCUGGAGGUCAAAGGUCACGUGGGUGGCAUCCAAGUUUUCUCCAACUCAACAGAACUGCACUUUCACCCCAAAGGCUUCUCCACCUUCAUUCAAACAGACAAGCUGAACUACCUGCCAGGGCAGGUGGUGAAGAUCAGAGCGGUGUCCAUUCAGCCCGACGGGAGGCCCUACACCAGCCCGGUGGAUCUCAUCAUCACAGACCCGAGGGGAAACGUGCUCAGACAGUGGCUGUCCGUGGACAGCGUCCUCGGGGUCGUGUCCAAAGAGUUCCAGCUGUCUGAAAACCCUCCUCUGGGUGAAUGGACCAUUGUCACUGGAGUCAAUGGUGUUUCAAGUGGGAAGCAUUUCAACGUGGCUCAUUAUGUGUUGCCAAAGUUUGAGGUUGUGAUUGACGCCCCGGAUGUCAUUUAUCAUAAGGACAGUCUGCACGGCUCCGUCACAGCAAAGUACCUGUACGGGAAACCUGUUCAGGGACGCAUGAAUAUAACGUUCCUUCAUCACUUUCAUGGUAUUGUAGAGGUUUAUAAUGAAAAUAGAGAGAUCGAUGGCACCGAAGAAUUCACGUUUGAUGUUCCCACCUACAACCCCAGGAAUCAGAGAGCUCUAGAAAUGGUCUUCUAUGAUGAAUACAUGAAUGACGAGUUCCUGACGAUUCAGGUUAAUGUGACUGAACACCUCACAGGUCGCACAUAUCUCAGUACGACAAAGGUGUCUCUGGCAAAACACAAAUAUAAACUUUCCUUUGAUGGUUAUCCACAAAUACUGAGACCCUCGUUAAACUUCACUGCCAGGCUGAAAAUAUGUACAUACAACAAUGAACCGCUGUCAAUGGAGGAUCAGCUAAAGAUGGUUCAAAUGUCAGUGAUGCAACGAAAGCAAAGUCCGUGGAGUUGGAAAAUGAACGAGAUAGAAGAAAUGAUGCCUCGUUCAUCACACGUGUCAGGCCCUUCGAGAACGCCUCCCCACCCAGAGGAGAUGCCGCCUAAAGACAUGGCGUUUCCUGUCCCUGCAGAUGGAGUCAUACCCCUCUUCAUUCAAGUCAUGAAUGAAACUGAAACACUCACCAUUGAUGCUUCUUUUGAGGACAGCCAAAGCACUCUUCAGCUCUACAGAAGCUACACAUCCCCCAGUCACUCCUACCUGCAGGUUCAGAAACCCGCCAGACCUCCAGAGGUGAAGUCCAGAGGUCAGGUGGUUUCUGCUGGGAAGAGCUCAGGUGCUCUAACGUUGGUCCCAGAAAUCUCCUGGGCUCCUCUGGCCUGCGUCAUCGUCUACUGUGUCCAUCCUGAUGGAGAGAUCGUCAACGACGUGCUCCAGCUGCCCAUCACCCAAACUUUACGAAACAAGGUGUCUCUGAGCUGGAGCAAUACUAUGAGCAGACCAGCUGAAGAGGUCACACUGAGGGUCGCGGUGGAGGAGCCCGGCUCUCUGGUCGGGAUCCUGGUGGUCGACAAGGCGACGCAGUGGACGGGAUCACGCAACGACAUCACCAAGGAGAGGGUGCUGGAGGAGAUUAACGAGUACGUUGGUUCCGCGGCCGACGCCUACUCUGACAUGUUGACAAUGGGAGAUCCAUACUCUGUCUUCAAGACAUGUGAUCUUGUGGUACUGACUGAUGCCUGUUUACAUAUGAUGCAAAAUCCGCUGAAGCCUGUAUUUCCAGGGGAGGGAAUAUAUGACAUGGAGCAGACAGACGGUCCUCAUGUACAGCAACAACAGGAGCCACGAGAGCGGUGGAAGUUUCCAGAGACCUGGAUAUGGCUGGAUACCAACACAGGUAAUUCAGACACAGCAGAGAUAACCCUGACUGUACCAGACACCAUCACAACCUGGACUGCCACCGCCUUCGUCAUGUCUGAGAACCUGGGUCUGGGCAUCGUAGAGAGGCCAGCACAGCUCACAGUGUUCCAGGAUUUCUUCCUGUCCUUGAAUCUGCCGGCCUACAUCAUCCGAGGAGAGGAGCUGCUGCUGGAGAUCAUUCUGUUCAACUACCUCCCGCAGGACCUGGAGGUCAUGGUGAUUGUCGCAGAGAGUGGCGCCUUUGAGUUCGUCUUCCCGGACAACGAGGAGCUCUCCAUGCCCAGUGUUCGUCGGGUGUCUGUAGGGAGAGAGAGCGGGACGUCCGUCCUCGUUCCCAUCAGGCCGCUGGUCCUCGGAGAAAUCCCCGUCUCUGUGAAGGCCGUGUCGUCUGCGGCGUCUGACUCGGUCCGAACGACGGUGCUCGUCAAGGCCGAAGGACUCGAGCAGUCGUUCUCCACCUCGCUGCUGUUUGAGCUUUCUGCAUCGCAGUCGAGCCUCUCCAGACGCGUCACGUUCACCUUCCCAGCAGAUGUGGUGGAGGGCAGCGAGAGAGCCUCAGUGACGGCCGUCGGCGACAUCCUCGGCCCGUCCAUCAGCGGCCUGGACUCUCUGAUCCAGAUGCCUCAUGGCUGCGGCGAACAGAACAUGAUCAACUUCGCGCCAAACGUCUACGUCCUGCAGUACCUGAGCGCUACGGGACAGACGAGCCAGGACGCCACGGACAGAGCCGAGGACUUCAUGAUGAAAGGUUACGAGCGACAGUUGUCCUAUCAGAGAGUGGACGGCUCCUUCAGCGCGUUCGGAGACCAGGACUCAUCCGGAAGCACCUGGCUGACGGCGUUCGUGCUGAGGUGUUUCCUGCAGGCGCGGCCGUUCAUCAGCAUCGACGCCAACGUGCUGCACAAAGCCGCGGCGUGGUUAGGAUUCCAGCAGGGGGCUGAUGGGAGGUUCGAGGAGCCCGGCCGGGUCAUCCACACUGAGCUCCAAGGAGGCCAGGACGGCCCCGUCUCCCUGACAGCCUACGUCCUCAUCGCCCUGCUGGAGGACACUGACAUGAGGGCUCAGUACGGCAGCCAGGUGUCAGCGGCCCUGCUGUUCCUGGAGACUCGUCUGGCUCUGGGCGUCUCCAGUAACUACAGCCUCAGCCUGCUCGUCUACGCCCUGGCUCUGUCCGGCAGCUCCAGCGCCGACACGGCUCUCAGUGAGCUGAUUGGACGAGCUGAGAUGAGAGACGGCGUGCCGACGUGGUCCUCCCCAGAUGUCGGCCUGUCGUCGUCGUGGCAGCCUCGCUCCGCAGACGUGGAGAUGGCGUCCUACCUGCUGCUCGCUCAGUACAAACUGGGUCACGUGGCGGACGGUCUCGGCCUCAUGAAGUGGCUCAGUCAGCAGAGGAACCACAGGGGAGGAUUCGGAAGCACUCAGGACACCGUCGUGGCUCUGCAGGCUCUGUCCACGUUCGCCGCUCUCGGCGGGUCUCACGACUUCGACCUCACCGUCAGAGUGAACACUGACGCCUCAACCGCCCCCGCCUCCUUCCACAUCCACGGGGGCAACCACCUGCUCCAGCAGAGUCAGCAGAUCCAACCGGAGGAGGAGCUGCACCUGGAGGUGACUGCAGAGGGUCGCGGACUCGCUCUGGUUCAGCUCAACGUGUUUUACAACAUCAGGAAUGAGGAGCUGACGAGGAGGAGACGAGAGGCCGGCGGACACGAGGCAUUUCAUCUCUACGUCGAGCUGUUCGACACAGAAAUAGACUCAGCACAUCUGUACAUCUGCAGCAGCCUGAGGGGGGAUCUGGGUCUGAAUGCGACCGGCAUGGCGAUCCUGGAGGUCGGCGUGCUGAGCGGCUUCAGUCUGCCUCCUGACGGCGUCCAGACCGACAGGGUCGUGAGGAAAGUGGAGACCCGGCCCGGGAGCGUCAUCCUGUACCUGGACUCAGUGACGACAGACGAUCUGUGUCUCGUGAUUCCUCUGGUCAUGGAGCAUAAAGUCGCCAAAGUCCAGGAGGCGACGGUUCUCAUCUAUGACUAUUAUGAACCCAGACGGAGGACGGCGCGGACGUACAAAUCGGAGUGGAGGAGUGACAUGUCCGCCUGCUCGUUCUGCGGUGAAGACUGCAGCGAGUGCAGAGUGGACGGACGCUUUGAGCUCAACGCUGCGUCGCACAGCUGCCGCCACUUCCUGCUGACCAGUUCAGCUCCCGCUCUGCUCCUCCUCUUCGUCACCAGCGUCUUCGGGGUGUAA